UCACAAUGGACAUUGUGGCGCGGAAGAAUGAGGAGAACCUUAAAAUAACACGAGAAUUGGAACUGAGAGAAAAUUCAGAGGACACAAAUGAUAGGUCAGUCAUACAGAAAUUCUACCAUGGAAAGAAUCUCUUCAUCACAGGGGCUACAGGUUUUAUGGGAAAAAUUCUAAUUGAUAAAUUACUAAGAGCAUGCACAGGAAUUGAAAACAUCUACAUUCUUGUACGACCCAAGAAAGGAAAAGAUAUUCACACCCGCAUUGAAGAAAUAUUUGAUGAUCCGGUUUUCAACAAAUUAAGAGAUGAAGUGCCUAAAUUUCGACACAAAAUUGUUGCAAUACCAGGCGAUUGUGCAAUAGCCGGUCUCGGUCUGAAGUUGACAGAUCGGCAGACGCUAAUCUCCAACGUGAACAUUGUCUUCCAUGCAGCCGCCACGGUGCGCUUCGACGAGAAACUCAAACUUGCGGUCGGUAUCAAUGUUCACGGCACGAGAGAUAUGCUCAACCUAUGUCAGCACAUGAAGCAAUUGAAGGCCGUUAUUCACGUCUCAACCGCCUACGCUAAUUGUCAUUUGCGACAUAUAGAGGAGAAGUUCUACAAUUAUCCCAUCCAAUUCAAUGAUUUGGACACAUUGAUUGAAAAAUUGGAUGACAAAUCUCUGGAGGAAAUCACACCGACAAUACUUGGAAAAUGGCCCAACACGUACACAUUCACAAAGGCUCUUGCAGAGGACGUGGUACGAGUCGAUGGGAAGGGCCUACCAGUUGCUGUCUUCCGGCCAGCAAUUAUUACGUCGACAAUUUCAGAGCCAGUGAGUGGCUGGAUUGACAAUCUCUACGGUCCGACCGGCGUCGUAGCUGGCGCUGGUACCGGAGUCCUCAGGACGAUGCACUGUGAUAAAGAUAUUAAUGCCAACAUUGUACCCGUGGACAUGUGUGUGAAUGCUUUAAUCGCCAGUGCUUGGGAUGUUGCCAAGAAUCACAGCGAGAGCAUUGAACAGAAAAAUGUACCAAUUUUCAAUUAUGUGUCAUCUGUGGAAAAUCCCCUCACAUGGGGCCGCUUCACCGAGUUGAACAUCAAGUUGGGCUUCGAGUAUCCCUUCUCAAGUGCAAUCUGGUAUUUAAGCUUUCGCAUGCACAAAUCGGCAACAGUGAACAAGAUCUACAUGAUCUUUCUUCACUUUCUGCCCGCAAUGUUAAUUGACUCACUGGCUCUCUGUGUCGGCCAGAAACCAAGGUUACUUAAGGUGUACAAGAAGAUUCACAAAUUUGCCAACAUCAUUUCAUUCUUCUGCAACAACGAAUGGGUCUUCACGAAUAACAAUGUGCAACAGCUGUGGGGAAAAUUGAGUCCAAAUGAUCGAAAUUUAUUUCAAUUCAGCAUGAAAGACAUCGAUUGGGCCAGCUAUUGUCACUUCUACAUUCGUGGCAUGAGGAUUUAUCUCUUCAAAGAUGACCUCUCGACGCUUGAUGCUGCGCGGCGAAAGUGGCGAAGAUUUUACUGGUUGCAUCAAAUUCUCAAAGGUGUGAUCCUCUCAUUGCUACUUUAUGCAUUUUGGACAAUGUUUUCGGGCUAUGUUUGCCAUUAAAUCAACAGGCGCUAAAUCAUACAUAAUAUACGACAAAAAAGUAAAUAAUGGGAUUGUUAAAUGUGUAAAAAGAUAUAUAAAAUUUACGAUAUAUAUUUACCAAUAUUGUAAUAAUGUUAAAAAGAAACUUUAGCUUAAAGAAUAAAAUUUGAUUUAAAAAGAAAAUUGUGUAAAUAAUGAUGAAAAUGUAGGUGCUCCAGUAGGUAGAAGAUAAGAAUAAAUAAAUAAAUAAAAAAGCUAGGAUUUCUGGAGAAUGGUAAAGAAUAUUCACUAUAAACCAGAACAAUAUAUUAUUUGUUAUAAAUCGUGAGGAGAAUAACUUUAGGGUCUAUCAGUGAGAUAAUGAUGUUUUUUUUUGUAUAAUUUAAGGAUCUAUGAUGUUUUAAUUUUAUAUAUUAUAAAUUGUUUUUUAAGGUAACCAAAAAAAAUGGGAAAGCAAGUGGAUGUGUUUAAGGAAAUUCACACAUUUAGUUGGUAUACCACAAUCGUGGCAUACCAAGUAUUUUUCUGUAUAAUUUAUUUACUUUUGGAGAAUGUAGAAACAAACAACAAAAAACGUGUCUUGCAUCCAAAAUUAAAAAUAAUAUCUUUUUGUGUCUUUUUAGCAUAAGUUGGAUUUUUAUCUAUUUUCUUCUUCUUAUUUUUCUGCUGUACAUGAUUGUAAACAAUCAUAAGAGAAUGUUGAAUAAAAACUUAUUGAAACUA